ACGCCAGCCCGUAGCGGAAGUAGGAAGUGAUGGUAGCGAAGCUCUGAGCUGGGCCUCAGGGGCUGCUCUAGCGGCCGUAAGGAGCCGGGCCCGGAGCCCGACAUGGCGGCGCGUGCGCGGCUCUGCUCGCUGCUCGGCUCGGUGCUGGCCCUGGCCGCGCUCGUGGGGCGGGUGACGGGGGUCAAGAAUUUUGAGGAUGUCCGAUGUAAAUGCAUAUGUCCUCCUUACAAAGAUCAGCCUGGCCAUAUUUUCAACAAAAAUGUUUCACAGAAAGACUGUGAUUGUCUUCAUGUGGUUGAGUCUAUGCCCGUCUCUGGACCUGAUGUGGAGGCAUACUGCUUACGUUGUGAAUGCAAAUACGAAGAGAGAAGCUCUGUCACAAUUAAAGUAACAGUCAUAAUCUAUUUAUCCAUCUUGGGCCUCCUGCUGCUGUACAUGGUGUACCUUACAUUGGCAGAACCUAUACUGAAGAGACGUCUCUUUGGACAUUCACAGCUAAUUCAAAGUGAUGAAGACAUUGGGGAUCACCAACCUUUUGCAAAUGCUCACGAUGUGCUGGCUCGUUCCCGGAGUCGUGCCAAUGUGUUGAACAAAGUGGAGUAUGCCCAGCAACGUUGGAAGCUACAGGUCCAAGAGCAACGCAAAUCUGUCUUCGACCGUCAUGUUGUGCUCAGUUAAUUGAUGUCUAAUUCAGUGAUGACCAGAAGAAAGUAAAAAGAACUAAAGGAAAGAGCUGACUUGUGUCUUCCUGAUUCUACCACUUUUGAAUGGUUUUGUUACUGGCAGCAAAAAGUGUGAACUUUGUAAGAAUGUUCUGGAGUGGAAACUAUCAAAAAUAAACAACAAAGUUAAUUAGCCAAAAGCUGAUAACUCUUUACAUUUUUUUAAAUGGCAUUUACUAAUAAAACUAAACAAACAACUUACUUUAAGGUAUCUUUGGAUAUAACUGUGGUACCUUAUUUAUUAUGACUAAGAUGUUUUUAAAUGUAACUUACAUGGUUUAAAAAGCACCAGACAGCAUACUCUGUAACAAAAGAUCAGUUACAACACACUGAUCACUUUACUCAGUGAACUUCUGUAAAUAUACUCCUUUUUUCUCCUCACUGUUUAAUGCUGUGUACUGGAAAUCUAAAUCUUGCCGUGUAGUUUUCCUAUCUGACAUUGGCAAGUUGUGUUCAUCAUUUGGUUUCUUGCACUGUUACUUUGAAGAUGUUUGUAUAGCAGCUGACCGUUGCAAAGUUAAGGCAAAACUUAAAUGGACAAUGAUUGUUGAUGAUAAGCUGCACACUUAAGGUACUGUGAUGUAGAUAAACUAAUGCAGUGCGUAUUAAAACAGCGCUUUACUGUUUUGCUUUGAUCACUUAGUAUAUUGUAUGUGCUACCUACAGAUCUCUUCCCUGUCUCUUCAUGGAUAAAGUCUCAGGAGUUAGUGUAUGAUAAAGUAUAUAUUUAAAAAAUAAACUCUAUUUGUCUGGGUUGAUGGUAUAAGGCAUAUACUCUCCAGCAUCUUCUGUCAUCUUGGGAGUUAGGUGUAUUUUUUAACUGUGAUGCUGUACUCAUCCCUCUGAGGUAUACAGCUACUGAAUAACUAACUUUCAUAUGUCCUCUUUGGAAUGGAACAAUUAAAGAUGAUCAUGAUUUUUGAAAAACCUA